AUGAUAAGGAGUUGGAAUAUUAGAGGCCUUAACGGCUUCUCGAAACAACGCGCUGUGCGGAAUUGGAUUUCUGACUCUUCUUUGGGUUUGAUUAGUUUGUUGGAGACUAAGGUUGAGCAGUCUCAUUUACAGUCAAUGGUCUCGUUUGUUUGUCCUUUGUGGCAGUUUUUAUCGAAUAUGAUAGAUUCUAUUGCUUGCCGUGUCCUAGUAUGUUGGGACUCUUCUCUUUACUCUGUGCAUAGUCUUCAUUGCUCUCUUCAGGAGAUUACUUGUAGGGUUACUCAUGUUUCUGAGGGGUUCUCAUUUUGGAUUACUUUUGUGAAUGGUUCUAAUGACCCUAGGAAUCGCUGCAAUCUGUGGGAUUUCCUUAGGGAUCAGUCGGCAGUGUUUGGUUCAAAGGGGCUCCCGUGGCUUGUGUUGGGUGAUUUUAAUGCCAUCUUGGGAGCCUCUGACAGAGUAGGGGGUGAUCCUGCGUGGUAUGGUUAUAUGGAUGAUUUUGGCCAAUGUAUCCAUGAUGCUGAGUUGAUUGGGGUUCCUUUUACUGGGCUUCGGUAUACUUGGCAUAACAGUCAACAGGGCGAUGGGUUUAUUUUACGGAAGCUCGAUUGGGUCUUUGCAUCACUUUCUUGGUUCCUUGAUCGACCGAGCAUAGUUUCAGAGUUCCGACCUCGAGAUGUUUCAGAUCAUAGCUCUAUUGUCAUCCGGUUUGGUCCCCGCCGUGGCAAGGUACCAUCCCCUUUUAAAUUUCUAAAUUUUUGGGCUGAUCAUGCAAAUUUUAGGGAUAUUGUUCAGGCAGUUUGGGACGAGCCUAUUGUAGGCAAUCCUAUGUUCCGACUUAUGCAGAAAUUGGGGUUAGUGAAACGGAAGCUAAAAGCUUUACAUAUUAGGGUUUCCAGUCAUAUCUCCAGCAGGGAUCUUCUUGCUGCCCAUAGUCAACCUCAGAUUGCAGAGGCUUCCAGGUAUUUUUCUGGCCACAUUUCUCCUGAUAUGAUUUCUCCAUUGACUGCUCCUAUCACUGAUGAUGAGAUUAGGAUUGCUUUAUUUUCUAUCCCGGAUGAUAAAGCCUCGGGCCCGGAUGGAUUCACAUCUCUGUUUUUUAAGCGGGCAUGGGAUAUUAUUGGUACAGAUUUCAGAGAUGCAGUGAGACAUUUUUUUGCUACUAAUGAAAUGCCAAGAUGUGUUAAUGCCACCAGGAUUGCUUUGGUUCCUAAGGUGGAGAGCCCGAGUCGUAUGACGGACUUUAGGCCGAUAUCUUGUUGUAAUGUACUUUACAAAUGCAUUUCUACGGUGAUUGUGAAUCGGUUUAAAGUUGUGCUUCCGGAUAUUAUUGGGGUUUCCCAGUCAGCUUUUGUCCUAGGUCGAAGGAUUUCUGAUAAUAUUCUGCUGACUCAGGAGCUUUUGCGGAAUUAUCAUCUUGGGGGUCCUUCACCUCGAUUUGCCCUUAAAGUUGAUAUUCGGAAAGCUUUUGAUACUGUGAGUUGGGAGUUCAUCCUUUUGGGAUUGCGUACUGUGGGGUUUCCUGAGCGUAUGGUGAGGUGGAUCAUGACAUGUAUCUCUACACCGUAUUUCUCUGUUGCCCUGAAUGGAGAGCUUCAUGAUUUUUUUAGGUCCUCCCUCUCGCACGCCAGUUUUGGGUUUUGA